AUGGACCCUUACUCAACGCUUGGUCUCACGUCGGAUGCUUCGCAAGAAGACAUAAAGAAGGCCUACAGACGAUUGGCACUGCAACACCAUCCCGACAAAGUCUCAGACGAAUCGCUGCGCGAGGAAAGCGAGGUCAAAUUCAAAGAAGUAGCCGCUGCGUAUGAGAUUUUGAGCGAUCCCGAGAAGCGCCAUAACUACGAUACCUACGGGGACGCCAAUGGGUAUGAAAACGAUUAUCAAGAUGGGGAUUUUGCCAGUUUCUUUGGUAAUUUCGCCAAUGGAGGCAGAGGCGGAGGAGCUUACGAUGAUGGGAACGGGUCUACAUAUCGCACAUCGCGCACCGCUGAUGCUCACGUCGCUCUGAAGCUCUCUAUGCAGGAGUUGUACAGCGGGCGGUCGGUGAGAUUCCAAUCUAAGCGUAAUGUCGUGUGCGGACGUUGCGAGGGCUCUGGAAUAAGGAAAAAAGCUCGUCAUGCCGCAAACUGCGCCCAGUGCGAAGGGUCUGGUAUGAAGGAGCGGUUAAGAAGAGUGGGUCCAGGGUUUGUCACAAGAGAACAAGUUCAGUGCGAUGGUUGUAAAGGUUUGGGCAAACAACUGCGAUCCGAUGAUAUGUGCAAGAAAUGCCACGGCAAAAGAGUUACUUCCGAGGCUAAAAGUUUGAGUGUUUACAUCCCGCGUGGCUCUCGUCACCUCGAUAUGGUCGUUUUAACGGGCGAAGCAGAUCAGGAGCCCGGGAAAACUCCCGGUGACUUGAUUUUUGAUAUAAAUGAGGAUAGCACCACCAGCAAACUUGAACGCCGUGGUCAGGAUCUCUAUACGUCAAUGAACAUUUCACUCGCAGAUGCCCUAUGUGGGUUCGAAAAAGAUGUGUGCGUUCACUUGGACGGCCGUGUCAUCAGGUUGAAAAUACCCACUGGGCAGGUAUUGAGACCGGGCAAUUUUAUUUGUCUGAAAAAUGAAGGCUGGCCGUUGAGCGAUCAGGGCGACAAAUUCGGGGACAUGUAUGUUAGGGUUGAGAUUGAGUUUCCCCCAGAUAACUGGUUCAGCGAGCGAAAAGAUCUACAAACGUUGCGAAACAUACUCCCACAAUCGGGCACAUCGUCCGCCGCAGCGAGCUCUCAGAAUGCAGAUCCGGCAAAUACCGAAUACCCAUCGAAUUUUAGCAUUAUUAAACACUCAGACGACCUACCCACUUACAUAUCCGAGGAACCGCAACCGGAGGGACCGCAAUGCGCACAACAGUAA